AUGUCACCACUCUUCACUAUUUUGAUCACACCAGAGAAAAAAGCGGAAUCACUAGAAGUCCUGAUAGACUCAGGCGCCACCUCAUCUUUCCUCCACCCCCGUACCGCGGAAGCACUCCGCCUACCCCUCAUAGAUCUCCCUUCACCCCGCACUGUUACUAUGCUCAAUGGGUUGAGCCCCCAGGCUGGCAAAAUUUGGAAGAAGGCUAACCUAACCUUCUCCUUUGAUGGCAAACGUAUGACUGAGACCUUCCUAAUUUGCAACACAGGGUCCCAUGCCGCCAUCUUGGGAUUGAAAUGGUUAGAUGCCCAUAAUCCAGAAAUUGAUUGGAAUCAACGCACCCUCUCCUUUCCCCACGCACCACCGGAACACGUAGCCAUUGCUGAAGAGGAGGAAGCUGACCAAAACCCCCUCAAAGGAAUCCCUUCCAAGUACCAUCAAUACGCCAAGGUAUUUGGAGAGCAAGAAUUCAAUAAGCUCCCCCCGCACCGGCAUUAUGACAUUGGGAUUGAUCUAACAGAAGAAGGCCCCUUGAACUCUCUGCUAUAUAGCAUGACUGACGCCAAAUCCGCCACGCUCAAAGAUUGGCUCAGGGAUGAACUCAAGGCAGGCAAGAUCUGCCCCAGUAAAUCUUCUAUCAGUUCCCCCGUAAUGUUUGUACCCAAAAAGGAUGGUUCCCGCCAUUUGGUUGUCAAUUAUUGCCGCCUUAACAACCGCACCAAGAAGAACGUCUACCUUCCCCGUCCAGACAACCUCAUGGCCCAGCUCUGUGGUGCCAAGGUCUUUACUAAGCUAGACUUGCGUUGGGGUUACAACAACGUACAGGUAAAGGAAGGUGACAAAUGGAAGACCGCAUUCCAAACUAAGUACGGCCUCUACAAAUCCCUGGUUAUGACCUUUGGCUUAACAAAUGCCCCUGCCGCCUUUCAGCAUUUUAUGAACAAACUAUUCAAGGAUUUACUGGAUGUAUGCGUCAUUAUUUACCUUGAUGACAUCCUGAUAUACUCUAAGGAUGACGCAUCACAUACACAACACGUUCAUGAGGUCCUGAAGCAAUUAAUGGAGAACCAAUUGUUCUGCAAAGCAUCCAAGUGCACGUUCCACGCCACCCCUGUGGAGUACCUGGGAAUCAUUGUCUCCAAUAAGGGUUUCGGCCUGGAUAAGCUCAAAAUCCAGGCGGUACAAGAAUGGCCAGUACCUACUAAGGUCAAAGAAGUCCAAUUGUUUCUAGGAUUUGCCAACUUCCUUUGUUGUUUUGUUGCCAACUUUAGCCACAUGGCUAGGCCGUUACAUAACCUAGUCAAGAAAGACACGCUGUGGAAAUGGGACACCAAGGAACAAGAAGCCUUCCAAGGAUUAAAGGUUGCCAUCACCAACGCCCCAGUUCUUUGCCACGCUGAUCCGUCCAAACCCUACUUCCUGGAAACAGAUGCCUCCGGCGCAGCUCUAGGGUUCCUAUCAGAGUCCUUCAAAGGUGCCAAACAGAACUAUGACACCCACAAUAAGGAACUCCUUGCAAUCAUACGUUCCUUUGAGUACUGGCGGAUUUUCUUAGAAGGAACCAAGCAUCCAAUCACCGUGUUUACCAACCACCGCAACCUAGAAUACUGGAAGGAAUCCUGCACAUUCAACCGGCGCCACGCACGUUGGCACUUACUCCUUGCUGGGUAUAACUUCCAAAUUGUAUACAGGCCAGGAAAACAAUUGGGAAAACCAGAUGCCCUGUCACAACAAUUGGAUCACGCAGACAUUCCACCAGAACCCCAGUCUAUGUUGCCAAACCCAGUAUUUGCCAAUGUUGCCUUAGUUACACCGGAGAAAGAGCUACAACGCCAGAUUGAGUUGUCCCUGGACCAGGACAAAUCACUGGAAGAAAUCCUCCAGUUCCUACAAAACAAGUCCAAAGCACCCCCUUCAAUCAAACGCACGUUUAAAGAUUACAAGAUGGAGGCUGAUCUACUUUUCUACCAAGGACGGAUUGUAGUCCCUGACGUUGGGACACUAAGGACGGACCUACUCCGCAUCUUCCACAACAGUCCCUUGGCAGGACAUCCAGGAAGACAGCGCACCCUAGAGUUGGUAUCAAGGAGCUACUACUGGCCUGGCAUCCGUGCUGACACCUACUGGCAUGUGGAUUCCUGCAAGACUUGUCAACGGAUCAGGAAGCCCAAAUACGCGUCCAUUCCCCCUCAGCCUCUUGAACUCCCCGUCAGGCCCUGGCAGCACGUGUCUUACAACAUGAUAGUAGACCUCCCUAAGGACGGAAGCCACAACUCAAUCCUAGUAAUUGUCAACAGUUUCACAAAGUACGGGAUAUUUGUAAAAUGCUCCAAGAAACUCAAGGCACCCAAGUUAGCGGAACUAUUCCUGGAAAAUGUGUGGAAACACCACGGUAUGCCGGAAAAGACCAUAUCCAACCAAGGAAGGGUCUUCAACAACAGAUUCUUACGGGCUCUAUACAAAUGCCUUGGCAUUGACCCUCAUUUCUCCUCUGCCUACCACCCCCAGAGUGACGGACAAAUGGAACACGUCAACCCCUCUAUUGAACAUUUUCUUAGGGCUUACUUGGGGGUUAAUCAAAGGGAUUGGACCAGAUGGCUCCCAAUGGCAGAAUUUGCGUACAACAAUGCCGUACAUAGCAGCAUGGGCAAGACCCCUUUCAAAGCUUUGUAUGGAUGGGAACCUACGUUAACCCCAUCUAACGUACCAACAGAUGUACCAGAAGCGGACAACCUGGCACAAGCAAUGGAGGCAGUGGAAAGAACCGGAGAGCAAGGAAACCCAACAGAAUUUGAGAUUGGAGAAGAAGUUUGGCUGGACGCCAAAAAUGUCAACCUCAAAACCUUGAGUCCCAAGCUAAUGGAACAGCGCCUAGGACCGUUUAAGGUCAUCAAAAAAAUCUCCAACCAAGCUUACCGCCUAGAACUCCCUCCAACAAUGCAAAUCCACAACAUCUUCUACGUAGGACUCCUAUCAAAGGUAAAAAGGGACAAAAAACGCGCCUUCAAGAAUUGCCCUCCACCAGUCACUGUGGACGGAGAAGAAGAAUACAAGGUGGAAGGGAUAACCAAUGCCAAAGAAAGGAAUGGGAAGUGGUUUUUCCAAGUCAAAUGGGAGGGGUAUGGAUCUGAAGAAAACACGUGGGAACCCCAAGAAAACUUAAAAAAUGCGGAAAAAAUUUUAGAAAAAUACAAAAAAGACAUGAAAAAGAAGGCCCUUGGUGCUGCCAAGGCCCUUAGAGGGGGGGCAGUGUUGUAG